UUCUGUAGGCAUGGCAGUUUUUCUGGAGUUUGAACUGUGAGGAAAACCUGCAGAGAAAGAAAGGGGUGAAUAUUCAAAAUCAAGGCAAGAGCAAAGACGCAAAGACAGGUGGUGGGAGUUUCUGGGUGAUGGAGUUAAGGAGUAAGACUAUCUAGAGCACAUGGUUGAUUUUGGUGGUAGUGGAAGGUCAGGCUGGAUUAGAUGGGACUUUGGAGGGUUUGAAUGUUAAGGAGGGGAGGGCUUCACUUUUAUUCUGAAGAUACUUAGGGAGCCAGCAAAAUUUUUUGACAAAGUGGUUGGUAUAUUAGGAUAAAUCUUCAGGGUGUGUUGGAAACAGGAAAGAUUGGAAGGUGAAUUUUUAGGGAAUCAGUUCAUCUGGAUUUGAAAUAGAGUGCUAAUUGUGGGCAGGUGACAGAAGGGACUAAUGUGUGUGGUUGCAGGAAGAAAUGAUUGGUAGAACCUGGUAAUGGUUGUGAGCUUUGUAACAAGACAGAAAUGACUUUGCGCAUUUGAGCCUGAGCAAGUGAUGCUAUGCCAUUGACAGAAAUAAAACAGAUCAGAGUGGAACAACUUGUGGAGAAGUGGAUAAUUCCAGAAUUGAUUGGCCAUACCAUUGUCACUGUGUUGAUGCUCAUUUCAUUGCACUGGUUCAUCUUCCUUCUCAACUUGCCUGUUGCCACUUGGAAUAUAUAUAGGUUCAUUAUGGUGCCAAGUGGUAACAUGGGAGUGUUUGAUCCUACAGAAAUACACAACAGAGGGCAGCUGAAGUCACACAUGAAAGAGGCCAUGGUCAAGCUUGGUUUUCACUUGCUCUGCUUCUUCAUGUACCUUUAUAGUAUGAUUUUAGCCUUGAUAAAUGACUGAAGCUGGAGGUGCCAUGCCUGAGCAGUCUCACCACAGUACACGGUGGAGGAGCCAGAGGCUACCCAUGCCAUCCUUGGGACAGUGAUCAGAGCAGUGUAUUUUCCUCUUUGAACAAAAAAGUAUUUUUGCUGUAUUUUUACCAUAUAAAGUAUUUUAAAAAAUGCAAA